CAGAAGCGGAAAGAACAGCGCGGUCAAAAUCAGAGCUCCUUCGGCUUCUACUUUGACGGCAACACUCCGGCGGCGAGGCGAAAAGGUUCAUCAAUCGCUUCAGAAAUCAGAACUUCAGUGACAGAAACGCGAGACCACCACAAGUACAACCGACGAGGGGAAGAAACGGGGUAGAGUUUGUGGGCCGUGGCUGAGAGGUCUUAAUGGACUGGCCCAUCUCUGCCUGGCUAGUCCAUUAAAUAUGUGGGCUGAGACAGGCUUCUCCUAGAGCCCAUUCAAGCAUCAAGAACUGAGCCGAAGAUAAUAAAGAACAGAAGCAGGUAGAUGAUGCAUUUGCAUUCAACAUGAAGGCAUAAUAGUUUAGAACAUUGCACUACAUGAAAGUUCAUUCUUUGCUGGGUUUGAGAGCAUAAG